UGCUAGGCAGCAGGCUCUGUAACUGGCAGCUUUUUGCUGUGCCAUUGCGCCCACUCACUGGAAAGUUUUUUAACCCCAGGCAACUUUUCUUACAGCCAAAACGUGGAGCUGCUCUGUCUGUCUUCCUGCAGCUGGGCGUCUUCAUCUGCACCAUAUGUGCUGACAAUGAACUUCAAUCAGGCUUGUUCUCUUUAAACAUCGACUGAAAGAAGUUCCUUGCCUGUUGGACUACAGAGGAAAUGGCAUUUCCUACAUUCGUGGAGAGAAGAUUGUGUGUGCACAGAGAAUGAGGAGUCGGGAGCACACAGCUCGCCGACUUAUUACAUAACAUGUCAGACGCUUGUACGCUUGAUUUAAACAGCUGGCUUCUAUGAAGCAUGCAAACCCUGGGAGUAGUGCUGCUGUUGACAAAACUCCUGACAACAGAUUUCUGUGAGGGCCUGAGUGUUAUUGUAACCCCGGGGCCUGUGGUGGAGUUCACUGAAGGGCAGCGGGGGAGUCUGUUCUGCCGAGUGUCCCAACAGAAUAGACGGAGGAACAGUUACUUGUCUCUGGUGUGGCUCUUCUCAAAUUCAGAGAACAACAAUCAAAGAAUCCUGAGACUGAACCGGACAGGUCAUGUACAAGCAUUUCGGAAUUGCAGGGAGCACCAUUGUGAGCUCCAGUUCUUUCAACAAGGUGCAGCCAAGGUCUUUGUAUUGAUCAUCAACAAAUUUCACAACACAGAUGAAGGGCAUUACAGAUGCAAGGUUCAGGAAAUUGCAUACCUAAAUAGGAAGUGGCUGUCAAUAUCGAAUGGAGAAAAUGCCACAGAAGUGAAAGUGCGUGUACUGAGGACAACUACAGUGCUGAUCCCCCAGAGCACACGUCAGACUUGGACAGUCUUUGAAGAUUCUCUUCCGGAAACUUCCACUCUGCUGAUUUCUAGGAACACUAAAGAAGAAUGGAAAGUAUUUGAAGUUUCAGAUCUGUAUCUUUAUGUGACACUGGUGUGCUCUGUGGGCAUCUUAUCGGUGAUGCUUUUUGCAGCAGUUAUCAUUUGUCAGAUUCUGAAGAACAGGAAGAAGAUAAGAGCGAGGAAAUACUUGACAAAAGAACCUAAUAGCAGUUCAGGAGAAAUGGCGACAACUCCAGUGAGCUCACCCAUAUUCCAAAGCAAAGCGGAGAAGAAAAAAAUUGCAGCUCGUGAUGCACCUCCACCAGUCCCGGUGAAAAUACCAAGAAGAGAGGCAUCCUCCAAAAGAAAGUUCUUGAAGAAACAUGAUGCCAAAUCCAUUCUGCCUCGGAUCAUGGAAGACAGCCUGACCUACGCUGAGCUGGAACUGAUGCCCACACAGCCAACUGCCCCACCUGUGACGAGCUCUCCGAGCCCCCAGAGUCCCUCCACAGUCUACGCCAAGAUCUUCUUUUCCAAAAACCAGAGUUAAUUAACUCCUGCCAGAACAGCUUCAAGAACUUCACAGUUAAUGCUGGACCUGGUGACUGAGGUGAUACUGUGGCCCAGUAGGAGUUCUCCAGGACUGGUGAAACAUGUGUGAACUUGCCACUGCAGCUGGAGAAAGGCCUGGACCAUGGUUCCUAGGCUAAAACGUCAGCUCAAAGCCUGCUUGUGUGAGGGGUGAAAGUCAUCUUGUCUACUCCAGGCUGUCUUCUCAGUCCUGGCCUUAUGCCGGCCCCUGGGCUCUGUUCCACCGACCUGUACACAAGAAUUGGCUGUGUAGGAAAUUUGGGGUUGGGGGUCACCUCUCCAUGGCAACAAAGAAGGAUGCGUGUGUGUUUGUAAAAAAAUAUAAAAUAAUUUAAUUGGUGUAUACCGACAAUAAGGUUUUAUGAGUGAACAACUGACUGUGUGAAUGCAGAAGCAAUUGUGAACAUAUAUAGUUUGCUAAAUUUACUUGAUAAUGCUCCUAUGAGGCUUUACUACGAUAAAAGUGCUAUAAGCAUGCAGUUUGUUGUUCUGCACAUAUGGGUAAAUGAUUGAGUAAAGGUCAGUGUACCUCAUUAUAUAUUACAAUGUAAGUGUGCGUGAUCAUUGUUGUGCUUGUGUGUGUGUGUUUCUCUGUACACAUGCACAUGUGUGUGUGUAUAUGUGUGCAUAUGUUUCUGUGUAUGAUGAAAGAGCGUACACCUACGUGUGUGAGAGUGUGCAGCUGUAUGUGAAUGCAUGAGUGUGUGAGUGAACAUGUGCACAUCAGUAGAUGUGUGCGCAUAGGAGGAUGUGGACAACUUUCUGUGUGUGUGUGUGUGUGUGUGUGUGGUUUAUGUUUGUGCAUGUGUAUGUACGAGUGUGUGUCUGUGUGUGUUUGUGCAUGAGCGUGUAUGUGUGUGUGUGUGUGUGUGUGAGAGCCAGUGUUAACUUGGCACCAUAAUCCUUACUCUUUAUAUAGAACCUGUACUCAAUGAAUUUCUUUAACAAUUUGUUAACAGUCAGUACCAAACAGCAGUGGGGCCACUGACGUCAGUUGAAGUCCCAGCCUGUUGCCCUCCUCAGUUACAUCAAGCAGAACUGUGGGAGAUCGCCGCUAGAAACCUCCGGAAUGGAACUCGACGUGGACGGUCUUCAGCGCUUCAUAGUGGCUGCAGCAGCCACCAUCUUGGUUGCAGGAAUCAGCCAAGGCAGACAAAAGUAAACCUAAACCUGACUGAAUACUCCUGUAAAAUGACUGGGGGAAGCUCCUCGAACUCUAGGCACCGGGCAAAUUCCAAAACGGCUUGUCAUCUCUUGCCUGAUUCUAUAGGCAGUGUGAUUUCAGUUUUAUCUUCAAUGUAUAAGGAUUUCAGUUAGUGAAUUACUUGAAUUGUGUGUUUCUGUACUGAGUUCCAUAAUGUAAUGAAAGAUGUGGGCUUCUGUAUGCAAAAAACUUCAUUGUAAAGGCAGAAUGGUAAUAAUGCUGAAUAAUAAACCAUAGUGGUUUUAUGCUUUCAUAACAUACACAGCUGCCCAGAUUUAGAUAAAACCAACACUGCUUUCACAUUGUAUAGGAACUCCAGCUGUAACAGCAGGCUCCUUCAGUUCCAGCUGUGCCUGAUACUCGUUGCAGACAGAAGCCUCAAGCUAUUGGUGCAGUCUGGGUGAACUCAGCAGAAGUAGCCCAAUAAGUCACAAAACCUAAAAUGUAAGAGAGCUGUGCCCACAAUCACUACGGCUUAGAACAGGCCAUGCCCAGGUGAGCUUCAGUAUGGCACCAGGAACAGUUCCUGCUCUUCACUCCAACCACCUCAGAGGGCUGAAAGUGAUUAGGUAUAGAGAAAAUUCUAGAACAAGGCUGAUGGGUUUAUGGAUACCGAGGAAUAUUGGGUCAGAUACUCAGUGAUGAAGCAGGUUGCAAGUUCAUCUCUAGGGUCAAGCACAGCACAACCAGAUCAAUGAAAUUCUCCUUCUGAUAAACUCAUCACAGCAGAGGAAGGCCCUUCUACUGUCUUGUUCUGUGUUGCAUAUCGUAGAGCUUUAGAUCAUUAAUUUGUUCCAAUUCCCAAACC